GAUCCCCAUCCUCUCCGUGCGUGCGCGCUUUAAAUAAAUUCCUCCUUUUUGGCAAAGGAAAUAAUGCACCUGACUUUACCAGGGGGAAACAACCAGCCGAGCAGAACAAGGAACAGAUGUAAAAUGAAUAAAAGGAGAGAGAAAAAGAGAUGAGACUCGUUUAAAGAAAUCCAGGGGCUGAAGAGGUGGCUGCAGCGGCAGAACCAGCUACAGCUUUCCCAUCUGUGUGUGCUGCAGGCAGAGGACGUUUGCACCAGUUGCUGAUGUAACCCCGGGAACUCCUGGGUCUGUUGGUUUGUUUGCGAAAGUGUUUUCUUCUUUAGCUCAGACACUGAAAGAAGCUCCUGGAUUUUUCCGCGAUCCCGCCACAAGCUGGCAGUUAUCCGGUGCCUUCUCGAGGAGGUCGCGGAGAAUGAGCCCUUCUGGGAGAAAGAUGGGAGAAGGGCGUCAGCAGCGGGGAGUUCCCGUCUGGGAGCGCCUACCGCUCGGCGGGAGGAGAGGGUCACCCCGAGGGAUGCCGGGCGGUGGCAGCCGCGCCAGGGCGCAGCGCUCCCUGUUCGGCCUCUUGGUGCACGCGUGGUUGUGGGCGUCCUCGGGCUCAUCUGCCCAGGUAUUUAACCUCAGCCUUUCCGUGGACGAGGGGCUUCCGCCGGACACACUGGUCGGUGACAUUCGGGCCGGGCUGCCAGCCGCUCAGCAGCAGGAGGGGGGCGGUUUCUUUCUGUCGGAGGACUCUGAUGACUCUCCGCUGCUGGACGACUUCCACGUGCACCCGGACACCGGCAUUAUCCGCACAGCCCGGUGCCUGGACCGCGAACAGCGGGACCACUACAGCUUUGUAGCUGCCACUCUGCUGGGCGCUGUGGUGCAGGUGGAGAUCCGAGUCGAUGACGUGAAUGACCACUCGCCCCGUUUUCCCCGGGACUCGUUGCAACUCAACGUAUCCGAGCUCAGCCCACCAGGUACUGCCAUCCGCCUGCCAGGUGCCCACGACCCAGACGCCGGGUUGUUCAGCACACAGGGUUACACCUUGGUGCAAUCAUCCGACUUGCCUAAGAACCCCGCAGGACCAUUCUUCCAGUUGCGCUAUGGGACUCCGGGGCCACCACCAUCGCUGCCCCUGGAACCCCUAGACUUGGUGCUGCUGCGGCGCUUGGACCGCGAGGAGCUGGAGGCACACGAGCUGUUGAUUGAAGCAUGGGACGGUGGCAUCCCACGACGCACGGGUCGCCUGCGCGUGGAACUGCGCGUACUGGAUGAGAACGACAACCCGCCAGUUUUUGAGCAGGGCGAGUACCGCGCUGUAGUACGGGAGGACGCCCAGCCGGGCGCUGAGGUGUGUCGUGUGCGCGCCACAGACCGAGACCUGGGACCUAAUGGCCAAGUGCACUACAGAGUCCGCGCCCGGCAAGUGCCCGGGACCGGUGGAGGUAGCGAACCAGUAGGCAAUGCGGCCUACUUCACUGUGGAGGAGCUGAGCGGCGUGGUGAGAGUGCGGAGACCUCUAGACCGCGAGACGCAGGCCUGGCACCAGCUGGUGGUCGAGGCUCGAGACGGAGGCGCAGAGCCUGAGAUCGCCACGGUGCGCGUGUCCAUCGCGAUACUGGACGUGAAUGACAACCCACCCACUAUUCACCUGUUGUUCCUUACUGAGGGAGGCGCGGCCCGUGUCUCUGAGGGUGCUGGACCUGGCGAUUACGUGGCUCGCGUCUCCGUGUCCGAUGCAGAUGGUGACCCUGAAAAGGAAGAGGAUGCCACCGGGGAGCUUGGAGUGGGCCUUGGGGGAGGGAGCAUCUCGCUGUCCUUAGAGGGUGGGGAGGGAGCCUUUGCGCUGCAGCCAGGUGGACCUCCAGGAGUAUUUUUCCUUUGCGUUGAGGGGCCCCUGGACAGGGAAAGCCGUGAUCUGUAUGAGUUGCGACUAGUGGCCACUGAUGCGGGGUCUCCUCCGUUGAGCACGGUGGAGACUCUGCUGCUCUGGGUCGCUGACCUCAAUGACCAGCCGCCUCACUUCACCCAGGAGCAUUACCAGGCCUCUGUGUCCGAGGCUGCAGCCCCGGGCACUGCAGUAGUAUGGGUCAGCGCCUCGGAUGAGGAUGAGGCUGGCACUGAUCACUCCCUGCUGCGCUAUGCGCUGGUCCCACUCUUGGCUCCCUGCAACCCAGAGGCCCUGCCGCCCAGCGCAGAAUGCGAGCCUUCAUUCACCAUCAAUCCAGAAAGCGGUGUGAUCAGCACUAUACGAACUCUAGACCGAGAGACCCAGGAGACUGUAGAGCUGAGAGUAGUGGCCCAGGACCUUGGAGAGCCCCCACUCUCUGCUACCUGUCUGGUGACCAUCACUGUGGAUGACGUGAAUGAUAACGAGCCCAUCUUCCGGAGGCAGGUGUAUAAUGUCACCCUUGCAGAGCAUGCCCCAGUUGGACACUGCUUUCUGCAGGUAAAAGCCUCCGAUGCAGAUGCAGGAGCCUAUGGCUUUGUUCAGUAUUCUCUUUAUGACGGAUUCCAAAGCGAUGAAGCCCCUCCAGCAUUCCGGAUCGACCCACACGAUGGGCAAAUCUGUGUGUCUCAAGAUAUUGACAGGGAAAGGGAUCCUGCCACCUUUGAUCUCCUGGUGAAAGCGAAGGAUGGGGGAGGGCUAAGUGCCCAGGCUUUUGUUCGUGUGGAACUAGAGGAUGUGAAUGACAAUCAUCCUGUGUUUGACCCAUCGACCUAUGUGACAAGCAUCAGUGGCCAGACCCAGCCAGGCACUGAGAUCAUCAGUGUCCGCGCCACGGACAGGGAUUCUGGGACGUACGGUACGGUGGCUUACGAACUCAUUCCGGGAGACCUGUCAUCCCUCUUUACCAUUGACUCCACCACAGGGAUUAUUUACUUAACAUCAUCUCUUAGUCAUUUGGAACCGACUACUCUUUUUUUGAUGGUCUGUGCCCAAGAUGGUGGUGGGCUUACAGCUGCGGUUAACGCUGACAUCACCAUACACAUCCUCCAGACAGCUCUGGCACCUGCAGAAUUUGAAAGGCCUAAGUACACAUUCUCAGUUUAUGAAGAUGUGCCUGAAGACAGUCCUGUUGGAACAGUGAAAGCCAGAGAGUCCUUGAAUUCCUCAGAACCAAUCUUCUACAGGAUUUCCUCUGGCAACCUGGACGGAAAGUUCUCCAUUCACCCUUGGCUGGGCACUCUUCGCACCCAGAAGCCUUUAGAUCACGAAACGCAGCCCGUGGCUGUCCUCACGGUCCAGGCGCAGCUUGGCAGCUCCCCGGUCUGCAGCAGCACGGAAGUCAACAUCACCAUAGUGGACGUCAAUGACAACCACCCCGAGUUCCUCACAGCCUCUGAUGAGAUCAGGAUAUCGCAGACCACCCCGGCUGGCACGGCCGUGUACGUUGCACGUGCAGAAGACAAAGACAGCGGGCUGAACGGGCUCAUCCGAUACAGCAUUGCCAGCCAGAACCCAGGCAUCUUCACCAUCGACCGAGGGCUGGGGGUGGUGUACCUCCGUGGGAGCCUGGGAGGGGAGGUCCUGCAGAAACACACCCUGACCCUCGUGGCAGAGGACCAUGGCGCCCCUCCCCGGGCCUCCCUGUUGAUGCUGACGAUAGUCAUCGAGAAACCAGAACAAAACCCAGCCUUGACUUUUGAAAACUUGGUUUAUCAAGUGGAAGUCAGUGAAUCUCUCUCGCUGACGACACAAAUACUGCAAAUACAGGCGCACCCCCAGCACACAACCUCGCAGACGAUGUACUCACUGGAGGCCAGUGUAGACGCUGCUGCGUUCGGCGUCCACCCCUACACGGGUUGGAUGUAUCUGCGGCGACAGCUCGACUACGAAUCCACACGAACAUACCGCUUUAGAGUGUUCGCCGGGAUCCCGGAGGACAGAUCGUUGCAAAAUGUGAGCGCUUCAGUCAUUGUUCAUGUCCUGGAUGAGAACGACAAUUCCCCGACCUUCUCGCGUGAUGUGUUGUUUUUGAAAGUUGAAGAGAACCCUAUUCCCCCAGGGGUAAUAGGCAAAAUUACAGCCAUUGACCCAGACUCUGGAAAGAAUGGACAGCUAUCCUAUUUUCUUUUGUCUGAUGGAAAAUUCUUCAGGAUAAAUCCUAAUACAGGAGAAUUGAUCGGCUGGUUGGCAUUGGAUCGUGAGCAUCAGAUGCACCAUCAAAUGACUGUGCUGGUGACGGACCACGGCUCCCCACCACGAAAUGCCACCAUGGUGGUUUAUAUCACAGUUACCGACAUCAAUGACAACAGGCCAUUUUUCCCACAGUGUCUCCCUGGAAAGGAACUUCACAUCAAGGUUUUGGAAGGUCAACCAGUAAAUAUGUUGGUCACGACUGUUUUUGCAAAGGAUCUUGAUGAAGGAAGUAAUGCAGAAGUUCUAUAUUCAAUCUCUGCAGAAAAUUAUUCUGAUCACUUUAAGAUCGAUGCCAACAAUGGUGAAAUAAGAACCACCACGAUGCUUUCACAUGAUUAUCGACCUUCCUACAGGAUGACGGUUAUCGCCAGUGACCAGGGAGUACCUGCCCUUCACGGAGAGGCAAUUGUUAAUAUUCAGGUGAUACCACUCUACAAAGGGAGAGUUAUCAUUUCUCAGAACAUCAGACAUUUGGUUAUACCAGAAAACUUAAAGCCCGCAAAAAUAAUGAGCUUGAUAAAGUCACCCGAUCACCUUCAACAGCAUCACAAUGGAAAGCUACAGUUUAUCAUUGCUGCCAAUGACAAGGAUAGUCACUUUGAAAUCGACAGCUCAACGGGAGACUUGUACCUUUCUAAGGCACUUGAUUAUGAAACGACAUCUCAUUACCUUUUCAGGGUGAUUGCUGAAGAUCGAGGCAAACAUCCUCCCCCGAACAGCACUGUCUUCCUCAGUAUUGAUGUGGAAGAUCAGAACGACCAUUCUCCAUCUUUCCAGGAUGAGUUCAUUGUGAUAAGUGUAGAAGAGAAUGUGCCGGUAGGAACUCUGGUGUACGAAUUCCAUGCCAAAGACGGCGAUGGCAGCUUUUUGAACAGUAGGAUACAAUACUUCAUUGAAUCCCACCAUCCUGGAAUGAAUCCAUUUCUCAUCCACCCCUCAUCUGGCAUGCUAGUCACCGCCUCCCCGCUGGACAGAGAGAGUACCCCAGCUGUCACUCUGACAGUAACCGCCUCCGAUCAGGCUGUGAACGUGACAGACCGGCGACUGAGAUCACUGGUAGCAAAAGUGGUGAUUUUGGAUGCAAAUGACCACAGGCCUACUUUCACGACUUUCCCCAUCGCCUAUGUCAGAGAGGAUGCUGCGGUGGGCUCCGUGGUGCACCACGUGAGUGCUCAAGAUCCAGAUGAAGGAAGGAAUGGAGAAGUAACAUACAGCAUCCUCUCAGGAAAUGACCACAUGACCUUCGUGCUGGAUGAGUCGUCAGGCUUACUAACUACAAUUCGUCCUUUGGAUUAUGAACUAAAAACUCAGCACAUUCUGACCCUUCUGGCCCUGGAUGAUGGCAUGCCAGCACUUUCUUCAUCACAGACCUUGACAAUCACUGUUCUUGAUGUAAAUGACCAUGCACCAGAAUUUAUGCAGCACCUGUAUGAAGCUUCAGUUAAAGAAAACCAACGUCCUGGGGCAUUUGUCACAAGGGUUGAAGCUCAGGACAGAGAUUCAGGAAUCAAUUCCAAGCUUCGGUUUGAAAUCAUGCCAGGGGCUUCCUUUGGGUUGUUCGAGAUCAAUCCUGACACUGGAGAGGUAGUGACAACUACCACAUUUGACAGAGAAGUUCAGGAUGCUUUUGCCCUUCGAGUACUAGUGCGAGAUGAGGGCGUCCCAUCAUUGUCCAGCACCACAACUAUCGUCUGCACUGUUGAAGAUGAGAAUGAUCACGCGCCAGAGUUCAUUGUCCCCGUUCAUGACAUUGAGGUCCUGGAAAACCAAAAGCCAGAGGUUGUCUAUACUGUUUGGGCCUCUGAUAUGGAUGCUGGCCAAAAUGCAGCCAUCAGAUUUCACAUAAUCGAUGGAAACACCAAUGCGUACUUUGCUAUUCAUGAAACUUCAGGAGAACUCUCUACCACUCGGGCUUUGGACCGGGAGCAGGUCAACAAUUUUACCCUCAUCAUCCUGUGCUCUGACCUGGGGGCUCCUCCUCGAAGCUCUGUGAUACAGUUGCAAGUUAGGGUUUUGGAUGACAAUGACCACAGCCCAUCUUUCCCAGUCCCUCAUUACCGGUCCUCUGUGAGAGAAGAUGCUGAAGUCGGAACCGUGGUUCUGGUGCUGUCUGCUGGGGACGAGGAUGAAGGCCUGAAUGGGCAGAUUGAAUAUUUCCUAUUGGACAAGUCGUCUGGUGCCUUCACCAUUGACCCUGCCGCAGGUAUACUGAGAACUGCGCACACCCUUGAUCGAGAAGCCCAGUUUCAGCAUACAUUUCAGGUGGUGGCCAGAGACUGCAGCAUCCGAGGUUCAAGAAGCACUACUGUGAUCAUAGAGGUAUCUGUCACUGACGUUAAUGACAAUGAUCCAAUUUGGGACCAGAACCCGUUUGAGGCUUUUCUUCCCCCCCAGUCAUCUACAAACCACACAAUUGCUAUUCUGAGAGCUGACGACCCAGAUUUGGGGCCCAAUGGAACUGUCACUUUCAGUUUUGCAGAUAGUCAGUCCAUGUUUUCUCUUGAUCGAUAUACAGGAGAAAUUAAACUUCAGCAAAAUCCAUUGUCAGAACAUUUCCCUCUCUGGCUGAGGUUAAAAGUUACAGAUCAAGGGGUCCCAGGCAGGACAACCACUGGUCUCUUAGUCAUUCACAAGGAAGAAGAAGAUGUAAAGAUUUCCUUUAGUCACCGUCAAUAUAAAGGAUUCGUGACUGAAAAUUGUGAGGCAGGUACUUCUAUCCUGACGGUAAAAGCUUUUGCUUCCGACUCAAUUCAGGAUGAUAUUAAAUACUCAAUUUUUAGUGGAAAUGAAGAUGGAGUUUGUUCCCUGGGCUCCAAUUCAGGACAACUCACUGUGAAAGAACCCAAAUUCCUCGAUUUUGAAGUCAGAAAUGAAAUGCAACUCAUCAUUGUAGCUGAAAGUGGCGGGCACAGAGCCUACAGCAAAAUCGCAGUCUUGAUACAGGAUGUGAAUGACAACUCGCCAUGCUUUGGGCAAAGGUUUUAUCAAGCUUCAGUGUCUGAAGGCCAGCCCUACAACACUCACAUCAUACAGGUUUUUGCUACUGACCUGGACAGUGGGUUAAAUGGCCUUAUUGAGUAUUCCAUUCUCUUGGGCAACCAAGAAGAAGCCUUCCAGAUUGAUGCUCUGAGCGGGGUGAUAACAGCAAAUUCGAUUCUGGAUUACGAGGCCACCAGCUCCUACAGAUUGAUCGUGCAAGCCACGGAUAAAGGGCUGCCCAGGCUUUCUGAUACAACUAUGAUCGAGAUUCGAGUGAUUGAUAUAAAUGACAAUGCUCCAGUUUUUGUCCCCUCUGAAGCAGUAGAAAUUGCAGAAAAUUCUUUGCCUGGUGUAAUUGUGUCUCGGGUAUCAGUUCAUGAUGCGGAUUUGAAUCCAGCUUUCAUCUUCAGUUUCACAAAAGACAGUAACCCUGGAGCCAAAUUUGCCAUUGAUCAGAACACUGGGAGAGUGGUAUUGAUAAAAACAUUGGAUUUUGAAGAAGCUUCUGAAUACAAGUUGUUCGUUCAAAUUUCUGAUUCAGUGUACCACACAGAGGGAUCCCUCACCAUCUCUGUGUUGGAUGUCAACGACAACCCACCAGUGUUUUCUCAAGAUUUCUAUCAGGUCACAGUUCCUGAAUUGGUUCCUCUGGGGUACUCAGUGUUGACUGUGUCAGCCUCGGACUUAGAAGGCAAUGAGACCAUUUCUUAUAGAAUCCUUUCCUCUUCUAAGGAAUUUGCCAUUGAUCCCAUGAAUGGAACAAUAUUUACUACCAGCCCUAUAUUACUUCUGGAUAAAAUAUCAACAAUUCGAUUUCUUGUGGAAGCCAGCGAUGGUGGAAUUCCUGACCUGAGGGCUCUUACGUUAGUGGAGAUAAAAAUACAAGAUGUGAAUAACCAUGCCCCGGAGUUUAUAGUCGAGUACCAUAACCUUAGUUUGACUGAAGAUGCUCUGAUCGGAAGCACACUCAUGACUCUUUCAACCAUUGACCUUGAUUGGACCUAUGAAAACACACAAGUUGAAUAUUCCAUCAUCAGCGGUAAUUCACAGAACAACUUCCAUGUGGAAACUAGUUUCAUUCAUUCAGAAUAUCCUUCGAAGCAAGCUGGUUAUCUUGUGUUGCUUCGCAAUCUAGACAGAGAAGCAAGUGCCAGCCACGAGCUUGUCAUUCUAGCCUCUGACCAUGGUUGCCCUCCUAUGAGUUCCACAACUGUUGUAUACAUACAAGUGCUUGAUGUCGACGACAACCCACCCAAAUUCAGCAGUCUGAAAUAUCAUGCCCACGUCAAGGAAAGCACGCCGCUAGGGAGCCACAUCACUGUUGUCUCAGCAAGUGACUGUGAUGUGGGUUCACGUGCAGAAAUCGUCUACCACAUAAUCUCUGGAAAUGAGAAAGAGCAUUUUCACUUGGAAGAAAAAUCAGGAGUCCUUUAUUUGAUUAAGCCUCUGGAUUAUGAAGAAACAGUAACAUUCACUUUAACUGUCCAAGCUUCAGAUGAAGAAAAGAAGCACUUUUCUUUUGCAGUCGUGUCUAUCAGUGUCUUAGACGAUAACGAUCAUGUGCCUCAGUUUAUGUCCCCAAACAUGAAUUGUGUUGUUCCUGAGAAUCUCCCUAUUUUCUCCACCAUAUGUUCUAUAAAUGCUUUGGAUUUUGAUGCUGGUCCUUAUGGAGAAUUGACCUACUCUAUUUUAUCACCUUGUUUUGUCACUCAUGGAAUGCCUCCUGAUCAGGACCUUUUCAUCAUUGACCCUUUAACAGGAGAUAUUCGUGCUAAGCAAAUCCUUGACUAUGAAAAUGUCAGUAAGUACUGCCUCACAGUUCAGGCCAAAGACAAAGGUGGAUCAACAGCCUCCUUAAUGUUGUGGGUGGACAUUGAAGGGAUAGAUGAAUUUGAACCCAUUUUCACUCAAGAUGAAUAUUUUUUCAACCACCUAGAAAAGAAUCAAGGAAGGCAGUUGAUUGGAAGAGUGGAAGCCUCAGAUGCAGACGCUGGUACCGACGGAGUCAUUCUUUACUCCCUUGGAACUCCAUCUCCUUUCUUUGCCAUAAAUGAAACAAAUGGAAAUGUUUAUUGGAUUAGAGGCACUCCCCUCAUACAAAGUCAAGUCAUCAGAGAACACACCUUUGAAAUGAAAGUCAUCGCCCAUAGCCCCAAACCCGACUCCAAGUUCGCGUCUUGCACCGUGUUUGUAAACGUGUCUUUGUCCUCUGAUGGAAAACAUGCAGCGAUAUCUGCUGACAGCUUUUUGAUCAGCCUCACAGUCUCCUUUUUAGUGUUUCUGUCACUCAUCGGCAUUCUCCUUGUACUGAUACUAAGACACAAACAGAAAGACACACGACCCAACUGUGAGGAGAAGAAAGCAUCGUCGUCCUUAGGUAGCAAUUUGAGUCUGACCAGGGAGGCCGGCAUGCUCCGGGGCUUCCAGAAAACCAGCAAGUGCCAUCAAGAGGUACCUGUGCAAGCCGUGCCUGAGUGGUUGAGCUUACUAAGCAUCAUGGAGAAGGACAUGAUCAACCUGUACAGGCACUCAAACUCCAGCGGCCACUGUUCUGUGGAAGGAGAAACUGCAGAAGAUAAAGAAAUCCAGAGGAUAAAUGAGCAUCCUUAUAGAAAGGACUCGGACUCGGCGUUGAGUGAUCGGGGGUCCAGGGUGCCUGACUCGGGAAUCCCCCGGGACUCAGACCAGCUCUCCUGCCUGUCUGGGGAAACAGAUGUGAUGGCCACGGUCGAAGCUGCAGAAGCCAGCCAGACGUUUGAGGACAGAGAUGGUGGGGAAAGCUGCAGCACCCUCUAUGUUCAAAAUACGGGGUCACCCCAGCCACUUCAGAAGAGAGAGGUGAAAGAGGGUGUCCUGGCUGACGUCAGGAAAGAGUCUAUCUUUAUGUCAAGUGAUCAGGAAGCAAGAUGUGCAGCUUUUCCAACUCAGAUAACCUUCAAUCAUGAUCUGAGAGGCAGCUCCACCUGGGAUUAUCUGCUCAGUUGGGAACCCAAGUUCCAACCUCUUGCCUCAGUGUUUAAUGAUAUUGCAAAACUAAAGGACAAGAAUUUACAUCUGCCUGGCAUCCCAAAAGAGAAGUCUUUUGUUUUCCCACCGCCUUUGAUAACAGCAGUAGCCCAGCCUGGGAUUAAAGCAGUUCCACCAAGAAUGCCAGCUAUAGCCCCAGGUCAGGUCAUUCAGAAAUACCCACGCUCCCCAAUUCUCUGCCACCCCGGUUCUCUCUCGGAAGCCAUGGCUCCUAGCUUUUCUCCAUCUCUCUCCCUACUGGCCGUGCAGACUCCUGGCAGGUCGCCCCUAUUGUCAGAUGGGGAGUUAUUAGGACCACACCUCCGUGGUGCAACCCCUGAACUGAAAGCUGAAGAUGAAGUUCAAAUAUAAAACCAUGGCUGUGCCAAAUACCCGCUGACCACCAGUCACAAAUGGCUGGGCAAAACAUUCCCAAGCAAACUCCUCAAGAUUGGGUUCAUUCUUAUCUAAAAGUGAGGGAUCUAAUUUAGCCAGGGUUUUUUAAAAUAUCCCCCAUUCAAGUUUCUCAAAUUUCUUCCAGCCUUAAUGAGGAGUUAUUUCCUCUUUUAAACUUUAUAUUUUGCUCUCAGGACUCACGUUUGAAUAUAUCAAAUAGUGUGUAUUCUGUCGUACCUGGUUUUCUGUGUGAUUAGAUUUCCAAAAAACAUAGUGAACUUUGCUGCCUGCCAAAAUGUUUCUAUGGAAAUAAACGGAAAUAAAGUAGAGGGCACUCUGGUCAGAUUGCUGCUGAUUACACUGCUAAUCUAAAGCAAGUAAUGUCUGAAUGGGGAAUGAGUUUAGAAAAGAAAGUAAUAAAAAGGGGAAAUCUAGAGGAAUAAACUUAAGUUUUAAAGCAAAGUGGCAGUCUGUGAAUCUGAUACAGUUAUCCAUGGAUUUCUCCACUUUGCCCAUAUACCAGCCUUGUGGAGUUUAGCUAUAAUUUGAAUUUCAAAGUGGUGUUUUUGGAAAUCUAAUGGGAAAUUAAGAAUGAAAUUUUCAUAACUAUGUGUCAAUAGGAAAAACAGAUAACUAUUCCUGUUUAAAUGAACCAGAAAUAUAUGAUCUGGAUAGAGGGUCAGGAUGGAUAUUAGCAAUACUUAUGUGGUUAGCUGCCACCUGACACAUCAUCUUGGCCUUCUCUCCAAAUAGAACGAUGUUUUUGUUCAAUACUCUGUCUUAUAAUAGGGUACGGGUUCAGACAUGAAGAUUAAUUUAUAAUGAUUUCAAUUUUAUUUUCUUCUAGAUACAGUAACUUUGGGUAUGAAAUAAUUUAUCCAUUCAAUGUCUGUUUUUAAAGUCUGUGUAGAUAAAAUUAUGUUAUUAGCUAAUUAUAAAUUUCAUAGAGUAAUUUAGCAAUAUAUUUUUAAAUGAAUUUUUUUAUAUAAAUGUUUCUACUCUACAUGUUAAGAAUGGAUGUCAGAAGACUCUUCUGUUCACUCAGACUCAUGUUUAGCUUUAACUGCCAUUAGAUGUAGCAAUGUGGCAAUGCGGUGAAAGUAAUUCUGUUUUAUACAGCCCUUGUUUCAGAAAUAAGAGUAGUGUUGUACGAUGCUCACAUGCUUCUCUCUGAUGAACCUGAGAAUCCAGGGUGCAUCCUGAGAAUGAUGAUCCAGAAGUCAUUCUCCCCUGGUGGGCACCAUGGCGAGGUUUUUGGAUAGCAGCUUAGCAAUUCUAGUGAAAUCUCAAUGCUAUCUGGUAUGGUUUUCUUAGUAGUUAGGGUGGGCUUCUGCUACAGAACUAGUUCAUUAAGUCUUUGUGCCUCAUCUGUGAAAUUAUGUGAAAUAAUUAAUUUUUCUUUACUAAGAAAGCAUUGCAGGUAUGGUGUUUGAUAUCUAGUUUUGUAAAUACAUAAUUCUAAGUCUUCCUGUGCUGAUAUUUACACUAUUAUAUGUCUUUGUUGACUCAAAUCGAGAACAAGUGUAUAAAAAUCACAUUAGAAAGUGUAUGAAACAUGAAAGUUUUGAACAAGCCUGGAGAAAGUCAUUUAGGUAUGGAAGGUUUAACAAUACAGGACCAAUCCACGUCUCUUCUUUUCUUCAUGGAAUCUGGGGAAAAAGAUUUCAUGACUUUCGCAAGGAAAAAAAAAAACACAUCCUAAUUAUUUUAGUGUUUCAAUAUCUAUUCUCUCUUUGACACUUCAAAAGAUUGCUUUGAGCAAAGCAAGAAAUUCUAUAAUUCUGGUUUUUUUCUAAUUAUGUGUGAAAGUUUUAUUUUGCAAGAGAAUUAUUUCUGGAAACCAAGAACGUUUUGUUGUUUUUAAUUAAACAGGUUCUCCAUUUACUUAUGUUUAAAGAUAAUUGCCCAUCCAACUCUUCCCUAAGUUAUUUGCCUGUGAUUUAUUACUGAAUAUGAUUCUGUAUUUUUUCUAGCCAUUUCAUAAAAACAGAAGACAUGAAGUAUUUAGAGCUCCUUCCCAAUAGUUAGUGGAUUUUUAAUUGACAGCUUUAUUAAUACUGUAAUCCAGCACCACACCACCACCAAAAAAACUGCCACAAGUAGGGUUGAGGGUAAAAUGUGAACAUGCUGGCUAAGUGUUUGUAAUAAAUCAUAUGUCAGCCCUUUCAACUAGAGUGCUUUUUCCUAAGUAAACAAUGUAAUUUGUACAGUUUUCCUUCAAGUUUAAUAUUAACUUGCCUCAUAUGUUCUGUGUUACUUUGCUGAUCUCUACACCAGCUUUAGCACUCUGGAGGGGGUACAGAACUUGUUGGUGGAAAAUCAUAUUAAGCCCCAAAUUCAUAAGCUAUAAAAUAAAAGACAGUUGUCUCUUGUGGAAUUUUGGCUGCCUGAAAUUCUGGACUUUCUUGUUGGCAGCCUUAAAAAUACUGGUGUAAAUCAGUACCAAAUGGAUAUCAAAAUUCCAUGUCCUAGUAGUAAUCAUUGAAUUGGCUUCCAAAACAGAUUCCUGGGCAAAUAAAGGGAAAAAUGCAGUAUCUUUAGGGAUUUGAUCAUUUCACUGUUUUAAAAAAUAUUGAAAUGUGUUAUACACUACUGGCAGCUUCCACGUGUAUACAUUUAGUCUAUAAUUAAUGUCCAGUUGAGACAGGAUUUGUUUGUAGCACCUUUAUCAUCAGAGCUCUGCUUGCUAUCCUUUCUAGAAUUGAGAGAGAUGAAAAUUUAUUAUUAACUUUAAAGUUAUUUUCAUCCAAAUCUACAAUACUUUUGUUGUUUUUGUUUUCUUUUGCCAUCUUAUACAUGUUUUAACUUUAAAAAGGUAAGAUGUAACUCAGGAUCUAAGAUAAUGAUGAUCCACUUCAAAGCAAAUGAAAUACAUGGAAUGAAUAUGGCCAGUGGAUUCUCACAUGAUUUUAUAGAUAAGCUUGUUGGGAUUUUUUUUUUAGCACGUUUUAUGUGAGCUGAAAUGUGCAGGGCCAUCUGUUCAGUCAUAGCUGAGAGAGUUAAAAUAGGAGAUCAUUCUGUGCAAGAGGGAUUUCAGGAUAAGUGGAGCUACAGACGCUCUGCUUAGAACCCAAAUCAGGUGUCCCAGUGUGAGCUUCUGCCCGAUACAGAGAUGGAGGGAGGCAAGGAAGAGAAGCAGGAAAACAAAGAAUGAGGGAUAGAAAAAAUAGAGGAUUAAAUCUGGAAAGCAAUAGUUUGGGACACAGAGAAAUGUAAGAAGGCAGAAGCAUAACGAUUUAUGAAAACAUAAUUUUAAUGUACGACUUAAUGACUUUUACUAAGUCACUUACCCAUCACAAAUUUCCUUAAAGGAAUCUCUUUUCUUCCUUUCUGGUUGUCCCAUAUGGUUCACUCCAUUGUCUUGACAAUUUAGAUUUAUCAAGUUGUGAAACUAAAGCUAGAUGACAAUGACCUAAAAUAGUUUGAUGGCGAAUAAACUUGCAUUCAUUUUGUC